AUGGAGUUCAAUGACAUACCGGCAUUCAACAUGUAUUCUAAUAAUAAUUUGGCCACAACGACAUCGGCAUCAGCCGUCGCCAACUUUGGAAUGGAGCAGCAAUUGUACGGACAUUAUCCACAGUCCCAAUCGCCUGUUGGCUACUCACAGAUCCAUCAUGUACAUCAUAAUCAACAGCAACAACAGCAACAGCAGCAACAACAACAACAUCAGCAGCAGCUUCUGCACCAGCAACAUCAACAGCAGCAGCAACAGCAACAGCAACACAUACAUCCAAGCUAUAUCAAUGUACAAUACCAUCAACAUCCACAACAGACUGCAUUGGGCUACACUACCUACUUGCCAUCCACUUCUCAACAGCAGCAACAACAACAACAACAGGUGUAUAAUAAUACACAACCUGCUGGAUACUCAAUGGUACAACACACUUCACAGCCAAUGAUGAUGCCACAACAGACGCACCAACAGCAUCAUCCCAACCCGGCAUACCACAUGGCAACAUAUUACAGCAGCUCCCCACCCAUGUCUGGCAACACUCCGAUCAAGAACUCGCCAGUGUCCAGCCCAAUAAGCGUGCUUCAUCACUCGGGCGGCUCGCCGCCACCACCCGCCAACGUGCCCGUGGUGGUACCUCAGCAGAGCAGUCCGCUAAGCAGCAGUGGCGGCAUCAGGACCAUUCCCAAGUUCUCUCUGCCUCUGCACACACUAAACAAUGUACAGCAACAGACCAAUAACACAGGUCCCAUCUCACCCAAGGCCUCUAUAUCGACAGUCACCAAGAAGCCUUACUCCCCACGCUCGUCGGCUACGUCGGCCAAGGCCAAGACGUCGCCGCGUCUGCUCUCCCACCAGCUGCCGCUGUCGCCGUCCACGGCUGUCAAGCCUGCAUCAGGUCUGGGCAUGAGCACAUCCAUCCCGUUAUUCACAGCUAUGCCACACUCCACGUCGUCGUCGACUGGCUCGACGCCAAGGUCCCCACAUCCGACGUCAUCAUCGAUUGACAUUGCCGGCGACUCGCACGUUACCCUGAGUCAGAGCAGCUCCAACUUCAACUCGCCACGCAACAUCUCGUCGGCGGCCAGCUCACCCCAGAACCUCUCAAACAGCAGUCUUGCCGCAACUAUGGUGAUCCCUCAGCCCUCGGUCUCAAUGCAGCAUCAGCUUCAUCAGCAGCAACAACACCAACAUCAGCAACAUCAACUGCAUCAACAUCAGCAACAGAACCAGACUAUGAUGGAGCCAUCGAUGAUGUCCUUGUACGGCGACAUCAACUCCAUCAACCAUAAUCAACAGACAUGUAUGACUACAACCUCGACGACGUCGCCCAGCGGCGCCGGCUAUAUGGACAGCAUGCAAUCACAGAGCAGCCCCACCACACUUCCCAUCUACCACCAGCUUAGCGUGCAGUCCCCUAUCGACCAGCCCAUGGUGGACUUUUGUGCCGAGGGCGAGCUAUCGUCAGGCGAGCUCUCCAAACUAGACACGUCGUCACUCUUUGCCCAGGUGUCGGGCACCAGCUGCUCGCAAUGCUUUGGAUCGAUCGUCGACGCAAGCAGCAUGCUAUCAUGCCUGUCGUGCCACGCCAGCUAUCACCGCACGUGUGUCUAUGGUGAGCAACUGUCACAGCAGUGGUUGUGUGUCAGCUGUCAGUCCUACCAAGCGGACUACAUGUUCUCGCCAUCGUGGAACGUCACUGCCACAACCACCGAGGCCAUGCAACACACCACGCAGACUCACCAUCUGGCGCCAACUUCAGGCCAGCAGGACAGCCUUCAGUCGACCGACUCAAGCGAGCACUCAGACAAUGGCGACCAGAGCGAUCAGAGCUCAGAGUCGGACGAGCAGCUCGACGACCAAGAUGACCAAGAUCAUGAUCAGGACCAGGACCAGGCGUGUGAUGACUCGGAGGAAGAGUCUUCGUCUGAGGAUGAGGACGACUCGGCCACUGCCAAGCCAAAGAAGCACACGUCCAAGGGACACUGGACCAAGGAAGAGGAUGAUCAGCUGCGUUUGCUUGUCGACAAGUAUGGCACCAAGCGCUGGAAGUACAUUGCCAGUCUGACGGGCCAGCGCAAUGGCAGACAGUGUCGCGAGAGAUGGGCCAAUCAGCUGGACCCAGACAUCAAGCGUGACGCAUGGACUCUGCACGAGGACAAGGUCAUCCUCGAGGCACACCGCGUCCAUGGCAACAAAUGGGCCGAGAUCUCUAAGCUGCUGCCUGGCCGCACUAACUGCGCAAUCAAGAACCAUUGGAACUCAACGAUGAAGCGAAAGAUCAGCAAGAACGAGUACGACUUCUCGAUGCUGUCGCUCAACUCGCCGCAGCUCUCGUCGCUCUCCUCAUCUCCACCCGCUUCCUCCUUCAACCUUGUACAUAACAUCCACCACACGGCCUCGGCCCUCCACCCUCAACAUCAACAACAACACAACGGCGGCACGACGUCGUCUGGCAGUGACAGCCUCACCCUGUCGUCACCUCGCGAGCACAACAACUCUGGCAUCAAGAAGGAGCUGUUGCCAUGCUACAUAUGCGAGUCGAUCACGUACCUACCACCCAAGGGCGCGGACGCCGUGCACAAACAGCAUCCACUCAACCAGGACCACUGCAACUACUUUGACCUGGCAUACCCGACGGGCGACCGCCGCUUCUGUCUGUGCCACGCGCACUUUAGCUCGUACCGACGCCGCCAGUUUGCCAAGUGCGGUGCGGGCAUCAAUGGCACAAACGCGGUGGCUGUGCAGCAGACCGAACAGGUGCGUCGCGAGGACGAGGUGAUCCUGGCGAUGCGUGCCAGUCGCGAUUGGCGCGACCUGGGCGAUAUCCUUGCGAUGAAGAAUGAGAACAUCAAGAACGACACGCUCAAGAUCGACCUGCUCGUGCUCUACGACACGCUGCUCGAGACCAGCCAGCUGCCAAUCGAGCUCAGCUACCACCGUCUCUACGACGUGCUCCUCAUCAAGGCCAAGGGCAAGAAGGGAGCGGCUGCAGCGGCCGCCAGCGCCAACGCCAAUGCCAGCGCGAGUGCCAACAACAACAACUCGGGUGGUGAGGCGGCGACGACAUUGGUGCCAGCAGCCGAGCAGGAGACGUCGGGCAUCAACAAGAAGCUCGUGAAGAACAACAUCAAGUUCAAGAUCAAGAACCUGCUGGUCACAUUCCCCCAUCUCAAGUUCUACGGCACUGCCAAGGACUUCCAUCUGCAACGACUGCAGCGUGUGCCAGAGGUACUACUCGUCAAGGACAACGUCCAUCUAAGGAAUCGAUUCCUCGAAUAA